UGGGCAUCAUUCGAUUUCUGAUUUUGCAACGAAGACGUCGCAUCGGCAUCGGCAUCGGCAACGGCUGGGAAGCAAAAAGGCCUCCGUGGAAAAACAAAGUUCGAGUGCGGUUCCGUCUGCGAAACCGGUAAUAUUUCGAUUCGCUUAGUGGUUUUCGUGUUUUAGGAAAACUCGGAAAAACCGCGUUUGUCUAGCAUCUCAGCAGAAUGCGCUGUUUCCUGCCUCUGGUGGCCCUGCUCUUAGCGGCGGGUGUCCACGCGGAUGUCUCCCACCUGGACACGGAUCUCCAGGAGGAUGGCUACCAUUACAAGCAGCCGUCGGUGCCUUUUCCGCCUCCGGGCUCGGGAAAUGGCAUUGAGGACUCUGGAAUAGGGUCAGGACCCGCUCCCUCGGCUCCGGCGCCCUCGUACGGACCCCCGCAAACGCAGCCACCUCGCCCUCCACCACCGCAGCCCACUCCUGCGGCUCCACGUCCUUCAUACGGACCUCCUCAGACGCAGCCACCUCGUCCUCCGCCACAGCCAACACCCUCGGCUCCGGCUCCGUCGCCAUCCUAUGGACCACCGCAGACCCCGCCACCGCGUCCUCCACCUCAGCCAACUCCCACGGCUCCGGCUCCAUCUCCAUCAUAUGGACCUCCCCAGACACAGCCACCACGUCCUCCACCGCAGCCAACUCCUUCGGCUCCUGCUCCAUCCUACGGACCUCCGCAGCCUCAGUCACCGGCACCACAACCACCAGCCCCACAGCCUGGACCGGAGUACCUGCCUCCAGAUCAGCCCAAACCACGUCCCACACCCUCGCGUCCUCAGCCGCCGCCACCACCACCGCCACCAAGGCCCCAGCCAACGCCUGGCUAUGGACCUCCACCACCACCACCUCCGCCAAGGCCGCAACCCACGCCAGGAUACGGACCACCCCCACCUGGACCAUCUCCUCCGGCUCCACCACGCCCACAGCCACCCAGUCCUCCAGCACCACGCCCCCAGCCAGGAGCUGAGUACCUGCCGCCUCCUGGCGAUAAUGAGGUCACGCCGGCUCAACCACAGCCAACUGCCCCAGCGCCGGAAUACGGACCACCACCGUCCUCACCACCUGCUCCACCAGCUGGACCCACCUAUCAGCCACGCCCACCUGCACCACCAGCACCGCCAGCACCUACCUACCAGCCACGCCCACCGGCACCUGCACCACCUGCACCUGCUCCAGGACCUACCUAUCAGCCACGUCCACCAAGUCCUCCGGCACCACCUGCACCCACCUAUCAGCCACGCCCACCGGCACCACCUGCACCCGCCCCAGGACCCACCUAUCAACCACGACCCCCGGCACCACCUGCGCCUGCUCCAGGACCCACCUACCAGCCACGCCCUCCAGCACCACCUGCUCCACCCACCCAGGAGUACGGACCACCACCCACCAGUGGUGGCGAUGAGGCGGGUUCCCUGGGACCCGACGGCUACAACUACAACAAGCCUGCCAAACCCUUUACCUUCUAGAAAAGUUCUCGAAACCACUGUCCUGUGAACCACCAUUGGACCCCCAAAAAACCCCCAACCACUCAAAUAUUUUUCCAAAUAAAAACAAAUCUCAAAAAGCCAAA